GUUUUUUUUUUCUUUUUUAGGUUUUUCAUCCCUGCAGAAUAAAAAGUGACCUGCUGAGAGCGGAAACGGCGCCGGAUCGAGUCCUGCGUCCUUAUUAAAUACUGUGCACGUUUAUUAGGAUUAGAAAUAAAAACCAGGGGGAGCCUACGGAGUUGCGAGCGGACGGAUCUGGAUGUGCUGAGGAAAUUAGUAAAACGGGAGGAAAAGCGGCAGAUAAGGAGGUCUUUCUUCCUCCCGCCGCUUCCGGAGGAGCCGCGGAGGAGAGGAUGCUGCGGCUCUCCCAGCUCUCCCAUCUCUCCCAUCUCCCCCAGCUCCUCCAGCUCCCGCACGGCCCGCACAGCCUCUCCCCGCCGUGAGAGAGCGUCCUGGGGGAGCCGGUGCGAGGCUGGACGCUGACGGGACGUUCGGACGGGAUUCCCGGAGCAUCUGCGGGAGAUUGGUGCGCGCAGCCUCCUCCAGCCGCAUCACCGCCUCCUCCAGCUCGGAGACCCGGAGGAGACGGAGGAGACGGAGGAGACGGACGUACUGUUCAAUUAUUGAGGAGAAUCUGUCCUUUAAACUCAACAUAUGCCGGUGUCUUUGUCCUACACAUCCCGCGGAUGACGGCCGAUGGCGCACCGGGCGCACCGGCAUCCUCAGCAGGGGGAUGCGACCUAAAAUAACCCCCGUGUCAGACGGUGAGGGAGCGCGUUUAUUUCUAGCAAUCAGUGCACCCGCAGCCUGACACGUGUGCGCGCCUGUGCCGUUUCUGUGAUCCCAGGUCCGCAGAUGUGACGGAUCCCGCAGCUUAUUUCCCCGCAAACCGCGAGCGGACGGACCCCCGGACCCCCCCUUCCUUUCCCUCCCCGACCCGUCCUCCUCCCCCCCCGAUCCCGGAUCCCGACCCCUUCGCCGCUCUUUUUCAUGGCUUUCGUGUUCCGGAGAUGGAGGGUGUUCCUGCUGCUGAACGUGCUGGCGGUGGCGGGGUUCAUGACCUUCUGGACCCGGUGCAACACGCGCAGCAGCGGCGGCGGCGCGCAGGCUCCGGACGGGCCGCGGCCCCGGGCCAACGGGAGCGCGCAGGGGCCCGGAGUCAGCACCGAGCUGCUGCUGAAGAGACUCAGCUCGCUGGAGGACGUGGUGUACCGGCAGCUGAACGGUCUGUCCAAGUCCCUGGGCCUGAUCGAGGGCUUCGGGGGUCGAGGUAAAGGCGGCGUCCCUGCCACGCUGUCACCGGCCGAGGAGAGCGAUGCCAAGUACCUGAGGGAGAAGUACGGCUACAAUGCCUACCUCAGUGACCGGAUCUCUCUGGACCGCACCAUUCCAGACCACCGACCCAACAAAUGUAGGAAGGUCAACUACUCCAGGGACCUCCCCCAAAUCUCCCUGAUCUUCAUCUUCGUCAACGAGGCUCUGUCUGUGAUCCUGCGCUCCGUCCACUCAGCCGUCAAUCACACGCCGGCUCACCUGCUCAAGGAAAUCAUCCUGGUGGACGACAACAGCGACGACGAGCAGCUGAAGGGCCCGCUGGAGGAGUACGUGAACAAGCGCUACCCCGGCCUGGUGAAGAUCGUCAGGAACCAGAAGAGAGAGGGCCUGAUCCGGGCCCGGAUCGAGGGCUGGAAGGUGGCCACGGCCGAGGUGGCCGGCUUCUUCGACGCCCACGUGGAGUUCACCCCCGCCUGGGCCGAGCCGGUUCUGGCCAGAAUAAAAGACGACCACAAGAGGAUCAUCUUGCCUUCCGUCGACAACAUCAAGCACGACACGUUUGAGGUGGAGCGCUACGAGAACUCGGGCCACGGCUACAACUGGGAGCUGUGGUGCAUGUACAUCAACCCGCCCCGGCAGUGGUGGGACGAGGGCGACGGCUCCGCCCCCAUCAGGACUCCCGCCAUGAUCGGCUGCUCCUUCGUGGCCAACCGCGACUACUUUGGCGAGCUGGGCCUGCUGGACUCGGGGAUGGACGUCUACGGAGGGGAGAACAUCGAGCUGGGCAUCAGGGUGUGGCUGUGCGGGGGCAGCAUGGAGGUGCUGCCUUGCUCCAGGGUGGCCCACAUCGCCCGCAUGAAGAAGCCCUACCACAGCAACAUAGCCUUCCACACGCGGCGCAACGCCCUGCGCGUGGCCGAGGUCUGGAUGGACGAGUACAAGUCCAACGUGUACCUGGCCUGGAACAUCCCCAUGGAGAACCACGGCAUUGAUUACGGAGACGUCUCUCAGAGGGUGGAGCUGAGGAAGAGUCUGCAGUGCAAGAGCUUCCAGUGGUACCUGGACAACGUGUACCCGGAGAUGAGGAGGUACAACAACACGGUGUUCUACGGCGAGAUCCGCAACUCCAAGGUGAGCCACCUGUGCAUGGACCAGGGCAUGAAGGAGAACCACACGGCCACCCUGCACCCCUGCCACGGCUGGGGUCCCCAGCUGGGACGCUACACCAAGGACGGCCAGCUCUUCCUGGGCCCGCUGGGCAGCACCGGGGACGACACCCGCUGCGUGGUGGACGACCAGAUCAGCAGCUUCCCGCAGCUGCUCAACUGUGACAAGGUGACGAAUGUCAAGCAGAAGACCUGGCACUUCUCUCAGAACGACUCCAUCAAGAACCGGGCCACGGGACGGUGUCUGGAGCUGUUGCCGGCCAACGUCUACUUCGGCCACCUGCUGGUCCUGCAGCCGUGCUCCGGCCAGAGGUGGACCAUCAAGAACGCCAUGAAGCAAUAACCCACAGGGGGGGACGCCGGACGCCAAAACCUGCCGCUAAGACCUGCCGCCUGGAUUGGGCCGCCUGGACUCGGCCUCAUGGACUCGGCCCGGGACGCCGAAAGGCUCCUCGUCUCCGGGGAAAUGCCAGAGAAAAAAGGGACGGCUGCUGUCAACAUUUCAGCGAAGAACUUAUUUUUUCAGAAGUUAAGAUUCAGUGUGACAAGCAUGAUGAUAGUUUUCCUCCAAACCUCCAGUGUGUUAUAACUCCCACUUCCCCUCAGUGUUUCUAGGUUUAAGGGCAGGAAAUGGACUGUCUUUUCGGGGGGUUUCUACUGUCAUCCUCCAAACCUCUCUGCAAUAUUUUAUUACUUAUUAUUUUAUGUUCUUUGAUGAUGUAGAAGGAGAUAAAAAAAAUAUAAAACUCCAGUUAUAUGCACUGAUCAUGAUGAAUUGAAGCAUCAUCUGUUAAUGAAAAAGGCAAAUAUUGAACAAAAUGAAUCAUUAAGACCCAUGACGGGGUUUUAGUUUUGAUCAGGCAUUUUAGACUGUAAAUAUUUUAAAUUAAAUAGUCGUGGGCCGUGACUGUUGCUUCUUUUUUGUUGCAAUUUUGCAGUAAAUCACGACCCCGCUCCAAACAAGCGAAGCAACAUUUUAUACACGUAUAAGGUCCCAGGACCCCUGGGGGUCGGGACACCGACUCCUUUUCUUUGGUCAUUUCUACCCGGGGCCCGUGUAGCAUCGGACCCGGUCCGUCUCUUAGCAUGAUUGUGAUACUUUAUUGACAAGGGCACAAACGUUACAUUGAAUGAAAGUGAUUUACUGUGUUUCCUGCCGAGUGCCAGAACUACUGCAGGCGGCCAAAUAACUGGUGAGUGGCAGGAACGCUGACCGGGACUCCGGGACACUGAGACACCGGGAUGUCCAGGACACCAGGGGUCCGUUUCACAAAGCAGGUUCAACAAACUCUGAGUCUAAUCCUGAACUCUUAGUUGAUCUACUCUGAGAUCGGAAACUAUGAGUUUUCGGUUCCAGAACAGCGGAUUUGAGUUAAUUUACUCAACUCUAAGUAGUUUCACCUGGAGUUAAGCGCGUGCGCCACAACUAUAAAAAGCCAGCAUCAAUGGAGCCCCAAUUCGACGAGUCACCAUGGCAACCGGCGACAACAAAAGAUCCACAUACUUUUUCUUUUUUUUUCUUUAACUUUAUUUAACAUUUCAAUUUACAAAAUCCCUUGGAGGAAACAUUAGUUUGCAUCUGAAGAUCCACAUACUUCACGCCACUGGAGUUAGAAGUGUUAAUACGUGCGUAUGGCGAGUAUGAGAGCAUAUUUCGGAAAACAAAACACAUUGUAAUUGCCACACACCGUAAUUGGGAAUACAAAGUUGCGUUCCAUAUUGAACCAAUACAGACACAUAUUAUUAUGAUCUUAUUUAUUUAUGUAAUAAUAUACAGGUGGAGGUCAGAAAAUUUGAAUAUAUUGCAAAACUUCAUUCGUAGUUAAUUCAACUUAAAGUGAAACAAAUAUUAUUUCCCACUACAUACAAAGUGAGAUAUUUCAAGCCUUUAUUUGUUAUAAUUUUGGUGAUUAUGGCUCACAGUUUAUGAAAACCCCAAAUAAAAAAUCUCAAAAAAUGUGAAUAUAUUAUGAAAUCAAUAAACAAUUCAAUCAUCAAAAUUAUAACAAAUAAAGGAUUAACAUAUAUUGCUUUGCCUGUAAUGAGACUAAUGUACAUGUAUUACGUGGUCUGAUAACCAUCUCCCGACGAAUAUUUAAUUCUCUGCGCAUUAAUUCUGCACCUUCAUCAAUUGGGUCUUCAUCAAAAGGACAUGCCGUGUUCGUGACAAUGGACUUCUAAUAUAUAUACUGACUCUGUUUUUAAUGACAGACGGCAGAACUUCGCCAAAACUCGCCUGCUGACUGAAUGAAUGAGGAAAUCAAAUGUGCGUGCGGCUCUGAAAGAGGCGGAGACGCAGAGAAACUCCAGGUUCAUUGAGAUAAACCUGGUCCCGACCAGGUUAGGUUCAGAGAGUCUGUUACUACGGUAACUGACCGAGAGCUUAAGUUACCUCUCUUUGUGAAACAGGCUAGAGUUACCUCUCUUUCUCUAGUUUGAGUUACCUCCCUUUGUGAAACGGAAAACUCAGAGUUUCCCUCAUUUCAGGGUUAACAGACUCAGAGUUUUCACUAAACCUGCUUUGUGAAACGAACCCCUGGUAACCCGGACUCCGGGACACCGGGUCAGCGUUUAUGGGAUCGAAGCACCGGGAUCUUUCAGGGGGGUGGGGGGGUUAAAAGUGCUGGCAUGUAUGUAUGAUUCAGUGUUAUUGGUGUUAUUGGAGUUCUGCUCCCAAGAUGGUCUUCCAAUAAAUUACUGGUUUCCUGGUUGGCGCAUGGAUUCAGUUUUUUGAGAAAAUGGUUUAAAAUAAAAAAUAGUAUUUAUUAUUAUUAUCAUUGA